AGAGGGGGUCUCUAAAGAGAGAGACUGGGUGCUAGGGAGCUCCCCUGAGUCCCCUGGGAUGGGAGUGCCAACUCCACACCCAGCUGGCCAAGGAAGGGGUGAAAGCCUGGGAAAGGAAAGAGGCUUUUUGCUGAUUGAAAAUACCAGUGCUGCUAAUCCUGGAGGGAGGACCUGCCAGCUGGGGCUUGUUAGGGAGAAGGGAUUUUAAAAGGAGCAGCAGAGUCUAGCUGGCUUUCCUAUGGGAGGAGAUCUGGGGCCUCUCUCCACUGGGGCCCAGAAAAGCCACGCUUUACAUAACUCUCUGACCUGCAAGGAGGACUGGCUAGUGACACCAAGGAUCCUGAAAGCCACCCUCUGAUUACUGAAUCUGGUUUUUAGUGGCUUGGAGCAUGGAUUGUGCACCAGAGUGGGAAGGCAGGGAGGAAAACACAGAAAAUGCACCUAAUCCACUGGAGUACUUCACGAGAAAGGGUUUAAAGCAGCUGUACCAGGACCAGCUGCUCUGUGAUGCCACCAUAGUGGCUGAGGGAAAGAGGUUCCCAUGUCACAGGUUGCUGAUGGCAGCUGUCAGCCCUUACUUCAAGGGCAUCUUUACCAGCUCCUUCAAGGAAUCCCAGGAUGGAGAAGUUGUGCUUCAGGACAUGGCCUCUUCCAUUGUGCAAACCAUACUGAUCUAUUUGUACACGGGAGAGAUCUCUCUUACUAAAGAGUCUGCCCAGGGGCUGUUUGUAGCAGCCAGCAGGCUUCAGGUUCUCCCCCUGCUGGAGACCUGCUCCAGGUUCCUUGUGAAGAAUGUUGCCAUUGAGAACUGUCUUGUGUAUUAUGCACUGGCUUACGCACACAACGAUCAAGCUCUGCUUGGUGUCGCCAUGAACCUCGUUACCACAAACUUUGGGCACCUCUCCAAGGAGGAGGAUGACUUCUUACAUCUGGACCUCAGCACUCUGGUCAGCAUAAUCUCUUUGGAUGGCCUCAUGGUGGCUUCUGAGCUGGUUAUCUACCAGGCUGUGAAACGCUGGGUAAGGUUUCAAACAACUGAGCGUAGCCUUCUCAUUGGUGAGCUGAUGAAGCACAUCCGCUUCCCGCUCCUUAGCCAGGAUGAGGUCCGGGAGGUCCAGUCAGACUGGGAACACUGUCUGGAUGUUCAGAUGUGGCAGAAGAAGCUGGACAGUAUAGAUGGACCGUUUGAUUCUAGGGCACUCAGGCAGGGAAUGUACGACAAGUGUAUUGUGUGCGUGAGUCUGUCCAGGUGGAUAAGCAAAUGGAUGGAAAAUGAGGAAUUCCAUGUGUGCUAUUUUGACCCUCGAAAAGAGAACUGGGAAAAGCUGCCAGCUUUGAAUUGCCUCUACUCUCCAGCCUGCGUGGCAGUAGGUGACAAGCUGUAUGUAUCCGGAGGCACCCUUAGGGACAAAUCUCACUCAGCUGCCCUUCACAAAUAUGACUUUUUUAAAGGCCGGUGGUUACAUCUGCCUCCCCUGUCGGUACCUCGUGCUUCACAUGGGUUUUUAGCUUGUAACCAGAAGCUUUAUGCUUUGGGAGGCUGUUGUGGGUUUGAAGAUUACCUUGAUUCUGCAGAGUGCUUUGACUUAAUGGAGAAGACCUGGACUCCCAUAUCUAGGCUGCCGUUUGCUCUGAGCUGUUCCGCCUCUGCUGCGCUCAAGGACAAACUUUACUUAAUAGGUGGGGAGAGAAACUACUUGUUCCCAGAGAUGUAUAAGGGGGUUCUGAUUUAUGACAUUAACUCUGGCAUAUGGACACAGGUUCCUCUGGCUGUAGAGUGCUGCUCUGCAGGUGCUGUUCCCAUGAAUAAUGGGAUCUAUGUCAUUGGUGGCUAUGCCAAGGAAAGAAUGAGACACCUUCCUGUUAGGUCCCCUUCUCCAGGAGUUAUUUGUGGCUCUGCUCUGUGUUUCUUCAUCAGUGAGGAUGGCAGAAUGGACGAGGAUGUUUUUGUUCCAGAGUUGCCAAGAGGAAUUGCUGGUGCUGGUGUGGUGCAGUGGGAGAGGAGAAUCUAUGUGCUGGGAGGGGAGAACUGCUGGGUAUAUACUAACCCCAAUGUACAUAAUGAAAGUCCGGGCACAUAUUAUGACACCAUUUACUUUUGGGAACCCAGUGACCUCACCUGGACUGAAUGCCCAGAAAACCUCCCUAUCAUUGCUGAUGGAGUAAGUGGGUUUGGGUGUGUGACUAUGAAGAUACCAAAAAAACACAUUCUUGCCCUCUUGUCCUAAAGGGGACAGUACACGUGCGGCUACUCAUCAGGUGCACAUAUAGCUGCUGUUAAUGUUUUCUAAAGCCUAUACCUCACAGGGCUGUCUGCAGGGGAAAACCACAAGAAUAUCUGCCCACAAGAAUAUCUGUCUUGUCUUAGCCUAACCAUAGAUUUUUAACCUGAAAUACAAGGGACAGCAUUUGAAACUGACACUUGAUUCAACCAAUAGUAUGUGAGAAUGGAAACCCAGUAACUAUCUUUACAUGCCUUAAAACUUCAUGCUGACCCAUUUUAUUCCCAAAAGUUGACCAGCCUCCCUUUUCUUUGCUAUGAAGUCUUGGUAGCUGGGGAUGGUCACUGCUGGGAUAUAUGAUGAUGACUCAAACUACCUGCAGCUAAUAUUUUAAGUAUUGUAUGAGUGAAGAUUCCCUUCCUUCCACACUUGCUUCUUAAACGUGUUUUAACUGCAUAUUUAUUGAUGUCUGGCAGGGUUUUAUCUUUGACACUCUGGGGUUCUUUGACACUUGAGGUGAUGCUAGAAUCUUCCGUUCAUUUUUCAUUUAAUUGAUAGGGGGUCUGGUGGUACAGUUGGGGCACAGACAGUCAAUAUCCUUCUCCUUAGAUGUGGAGGUAACUUAACCUUCUUUGCUUGUGGUACCUGUUUACUGUCCACACUGAUUUAAAAUACAAGUAAAUGCACAGAAACUUUCAGACUCCUUGAGAACGUCAAUUAACUCUUUAAUCCCUAAACGUCUUUCCAGACCUGUUUUUAAACAUCCUAAACUUAGGCAUGUAGCUAAGUGGCAGAUUUGCUUCUCGCUACUAAAACUGGGGACCAGAUGUCCUUUAUCUGGUGUCAGGUGCUAAAGGGAAGCUCCCCUGCCACUACCUGGGCUGAACCUGUUCUGUAGGCAAACUGAGCUCCCCAGGGCUCUAAACUGUCACCAAAACCGCUCUAGUGAGAAACUAUUGAAAUUCCUCUUCCAUGUCAAGGAGUCAGCUCUAAAAAUGUGAUGCCUGACUGGUAGGUGUGAUCUCAAAGGGUGUUUUAUCCCCCAACUCAACAAACAAUUCUGUUGUAGCCCUAGGGAGCAGGAAUGAGGAUUCCAGAUAUGGCUGUUCUAGACUGAGUACCUGAUUAUUUACACAGACACAGACAGACACACAACCUGUAUGAGUCAGACAUGUUAGUUCUGUAUGUCAGACUACAAUGGAAAUGUCUUGUAACAUUACUGGACUGAUUGAAUAAAGUAUAAUAACUUCAAUGA